AUGCCGCAACUCUUCCCCUCCAAUCCGUCAGAGACGAUGGUGAUCCGCGAUGUCACGCCCAAUAUCGUCACCAUGAGCCUGCCAUUCGCGCGGUUUGGCAUCUGGCGCUUCGGUGGUCGAGGAACACUAGUCAAGCUCUCCACUGGUUCCCUCGCCGUGUUCUCACCCGUCAGCCUUACCCCAGAGGUGCGCGCAAAGGUCGACUCUCUCGGCGGGAACGUGAAGUAUAUCGCAGCACCCGAUCUUGAACACCACUUACACAUUACCACGUGGAAGAAAGAAUUCCCUCAGGCGGAGAUUCUCGCGCCGGAGGGCCUGUUCGAAAAGCGACAGGCAAACAAGCAGUACGAAGACGCCCCGUUCGAGCACGUGUUCAAGAAGGAUGCGCCGCAGUCGAUCUCGGAGGAGUUCGAUGCUGAGUUUGACACUGAAUAUGUGCACGGACAUGGAUCGCGCGAGCUGGUGUUCUUGCAUCGCCCUUCCCGCACGGUCAUCGAGGCCGAUCUGCUCUUCAACCUGCCCUCCAACGAACAGUACUCCAAAACCGCGGACCGCAACCCAUUGAACUUCUUCACACGUAUUCUGCUUCCACUGUUGUCCACUGGUAGUACUCCUGCGACUGGACAGCGACGCUUUGCGUGGUAUGUCCUAUCCAAGCACGAUCGCCCGGCGUUCACCCAGUCUGUGAAUCGUAUCAUGCGGUGGGACUUUGAUCGGCUGAUUCCGUGCCAUGGCGAUGUCAUCGAGACUGGGGCCAAGGGGGUGUUUCAGAACGUGAUGGCAUGGUUCCUGCAAGACGAGAGGAAGCAUGUCUAA